UAUUCACCACGAAUCGGGAAAUCAGAAUGUUUGCAUUUGUGUGCUGACAUUUUCGCAAUUUUCCCAGUGAUUAAGUGCGUGAAAAGUUUUCCAAACUACUGAAAAGUCUUCUAGAAGACUCAUAAAGUCAAUUCCACGUGAAAGUUUUCCACCCUCGGCGUUUACAAACUGUAAAUUGUGAGAAAACUGCAAUUUUCCAGUUCUCCAUCUGAUUAAGAGGGCAGUAAACAAUUCCAGUAAACUAUAGAUUAUGGCCGAGUUAAAUUCAUCAGUGUCAGAUCGAAGUGACGACACAUUGUACAGAAGUGCUCUGGACAAUAGUGGAUUUGGUUCCGAAAGCGACACCACACAGACCGCCAGCGAGAUGAGCAGUGAAACCCUGGAGAAUACGCUUCAGUCGAAUGAUGAGUCGUCAGUCCUGAUGGCCGAUGAUGAGAAGACCCUACACACGCCAGAAGCUAGCAGGAAGCGAAAACACAGCCACGAGGAGGUGAUUAUGAUCAGCAGCGAUGAUGAGACGGAAACGGCGGCUGCGUCCACUUCCACCACGACCACAGUGGCGGAGAAGCCCGCGAUGGAACCGCAGAGAAGCACUGAGAUCAAGAUCUACAGCAGCCUGGAGGAGUUCGACAGGAAUCUGCCGCCAACAGUGAAUCUCCUGACCACGCCGCACGGCAGUCGAGUGUAUCUGGUCGGCACGGCGCACUACAGCGAGGAGUCACAGAACGACGUAUCGCUGGUGAUCAGGAACGUGCGCCCGCGGAUUGUGGUGGUGGAGCUGUGCGGCUCGCGCAUUCACAUUCUCAAGUACGACGAGAAGACGCUGCUGGAGGAGGCGAAGGACAUCAACAUGAGCAAGCUGCGCAACGCCGUCCAGUCCAAUGGCGUGGUGAUUGGGCUGCUCUUCAUCCUGCUGCUGAACAUCAGUGCCAAGCUGACGGAGCAGCUGGGCAUGGCGCCGGGCGGGGAGUUUAGGCGUGCGCUGGAGGAGGCACAGAAGCUGCCGCACUGCAUGCUUCAUCUCGGCGAUCGGCCCAUCAACGUGACGCUGCAGCGCUCGCUGCACGGACUCACGUUCUGGCAGACGCUGAAGCUCGUGUGGCGCCUGAUCACGUCGGAUCUGAAGAUCAACAAGGAGGAGGUGGAGAACUGCAAGCAGAGCGAUCUGUUGCAGAAGCUGAUGGAGGAGAUGGCCGGCGAGUUUCCCGCCUUCGAGACGGUGUUCGUGAAGGAGCGCGAUCUGUAUCUCUGCCACACACUCCAGAUGGCCGCCUCCACGCCACUGCAUCCCGGCGAGCCGCUGCAGCCCAUCAAUGUGGUGGGCGUGGUGGGAAUCGGACACUCGGCCGGCAUCAUGGCAAAUUGGGGAAAAGUGGAUUCGCGACGAAUUGCGGAGAUCCUCGUCAUUCCGCCGCCCACGAUGCGCGGGCGGAUCAUCAGGGCCACGAUCAAGUACGGCUUCCUGGGCGCCGUGGGGUACGGCCUGUAUCGCGCGGUGCGACCUCUUCUGCCCAGGAUCUUAUGAUGUCUGAUAUUCAUUCUACUGUAAGACGAACUCUCGUGCGGCCAAUCAACCCAGAGACCAGCCACUAAACCAAUUCUUUGCCCAAUUUGUCACACUUUUUGCCGUGUAAAUAUUCUUUCUUGUCCAUUUGUCUGAAUAAUAAAAAUUCAUAGAGAACA